UACAAAUUGGGUCAAAAUUGAAACACACUUAUCAUCAUCAUAUCUAGUGACUUUUCUUCGGGGUGUGAUCCAAUCCAACAACGACGCGGUUCAUGAAUUGAAUGGUUGAAUUGAGAAGAUUCAUGAGGAGCCUAUAUAUAUAUAUAUAUACCCAUAUAUACUUCUCUCAAAGGGAAUAUCAAGAUCACAACUUCAUUUUUCUGCUAGCCUCUUCAAAAGUUCUGAGUUUCUCUCAUCUUCAACAUCCCAAUCCCUAAUGGCAGCAACAGACGUCCCCCUCCAGCCUCCAACUUAUGGAAACUUCAUCUCCGUUCUCAGCAUUGAUGGCGGUGGAAUAAGAGGGCUUAUCCCAGGAACUAUCCUUAAUUUCUUAGAAUCUGAGCUCCAGAAGCUGGAUGGUGAAGAUGCAAGGAUCGCAGAUUAUUUUGAUGUGAUUGCAGGAACAAGCACAGGAGGUCUUGUAACUGCCAUGCUAACUGCCCCAGAUGAGAACAACCGACCUCUCUUUGCCGCCAAGGAUAUCAAGGACUUCUACCUAAACCACUGCCCUAAAAUCUUCCCGCAAAACGGUGCUCCAUUAUUUCCAUAUGCUACAAAAAUUGUGAACGCUCUCUCCGGACCAAAGUAUGAUGGGGUGUAUCUACAUAACAUUAUUAGGGAAAAACUAGGAAGUAUAAAAUUGCACCAGACGUUGACUAAUGUUGUCAUCCCAACAUUUGACAUCUCCCGACUCCAGCCAACCAUCUUUUCUAGCUAUGAGGUAAAGAAAAAUCCAAGCAUGGAUGCCUUACUCUCAGAUAUAUGCAUCGCAACCUCAGCUGCUCCAACUUAUCUUCCAACUUAUUACUUUGAAACCAAAGACGCCGGAGGAAAAGUACUCGGAAAAUUUAACCUUACAGAUGGUGGGGUUGCUGCUAAUAAUCCGGCCUUAGUUGCCAUGGGUGAAGUGUCCAAGGAGAUGAUUAGAGGAAGUCCUGACUUCUUUCCUAUAAAACCAAUGGAUUAUGGACGAUUUUUGGUAAUAUCAUUGGGCACUGGCUCACACAAAGCUGAAGAAAAAUACAAAGCGCCUGAGGCAGCUAAGUGGGGCGUAUUGGAUUGGUUAACUAAGGGUGGUUCCACUCCAAUAAUUGAUGUAUUUUCUGAAGCAAGUGCGGAUAUGGUGGAUGUCCACCUCUCUGUCGUUUUUAAAGCCCUUCAUAGUGAGAAAAGCUAUCUGCGGAUUCAGGACGAUACAUUAAACGGGAUAAUAUCUUCUGUGGAUGUAGCCACAACCGAGAAUUUGGAUGAUCUUGUGGAAGCUGGCGAAGCACUGCUAAAGAAACCAGUCUCCAGGGUUAAUUUGGAUACAGGCAUUUUUGAGGUUGCUAACCAUGAAACUAAUGAAGAGGCUCUCAUAAGUUUUGCAAAACUACUUUCCCAAGAGAGGCACCUUCGCCAUGCUAGGUCCCCCGUUGGACAUGCUGCCCAUCACAUUCCAAAAUAUUGACGUUAACGUUAUGUUUAUCGAUUUUGUAUGUUAAGAAGUGUUGUAAGGUCGAGGUGAGACGUAGAAAAGUCCACCUCCUUAUAAAUUAUUCGUUUUUCGUUUUAAUUUCCUUGAAUAAAUUCCAAGUUAAUUCCGAGAA